AUGGCCAUCAAGAUGCUGAACUUGACCACAAGUUCUCCUGGAUGCGAAAGAAAUUGGAACAUUUUCAAAAUGGUAGAUGCAAAGAGGAGAAGUAAACUAGAUGUGGUCCGUAGAGACAAUCUGGUUUAUAUCCAGUUCAAUGGAAGAAUGAUUGAUAAAAGAAAGAAGCUCUCCUAUUCUAGUGAUGUUCUUCUUGGUGAAGAUGCGUCGCGAGCUCAUGAUUGGAUAUGUGAAGGUGCAUACGUAGAUGAGGAGAUUGAUCCCGUUACGGGGCUGUCAUACAACAUCAUUGAUGAAGCAAUGGGUGCUACUGAAGCUAUGGAGCCUCGUAGGAGUGCAAGAGUGAGAGAACUCCAUGAAGUUGAAGAGUUCGUUCCCGACGCAGAUGAAUCUGACCAUGAGAUGGACAUGGACGACGACAUAGAAUAUGAGUCCGAUGAUGGUGGUGUGAUGUCAACCAAAGACGACAAAGAUGAGGAGGAUAUGGCACAGCCUUGA